CAAACACUUAACGUUAAAGCCUCCAUGUUGGACAGGGAGCAUAGAUUAAAAUCCUGCGUUGAAAGAAGUCCUUAAUGAAGCUGGAUACCCUUCAUGCUAAAUCUCAGAUAUUGCUGGACCGUAAACAAGGCUUCCUAAACGGACAUUUUCAUUAUUCUCAUAGUCGUGUUGCCAGCCAAUCUGCUAGCUUGGUAGAUAUAUCGCUGUGGCAAACGUUUACAGUUUACAUAGAUUAGCAAGAUAGCUAGCGAAUGUUAAACAUUGGAUAAUUGGGAGCCUGCUUUAUGCAAGAAGCGUUUUUAGUUGUCUUUGGCUUGUUUUAGAUUUUGUUUAUAUAUUUUGCGGUAUGCGUUUAGUCCCAUUUUCACUGCGUACUGACGGAUUAAAAACGAACACAACACCGCCGUUGCAGUGGUGUUUCGUGAACUAACGUUAGCUACAUAGGAAAGCUAACAUUGAUAGCCAGCUAACACUGCGAGUGUUAGCCACUGAUAGCUGUGUGGCUAGCUAGCUGGCUAGCUGCCAUUAACAUCAACCACUAUCGUUAGCUAGAAGACCACAGCUACUCAAACCAGUUUAUUUCUGCGGGACUUGCAAGUCAUCUCGCCAACAGCUGAUACUGAAAAGAAGAAGAAACCACUAAGGAUUGAACUGUUGUUUCCAUGGACAACACGUCCAUAAUUACGCAGGUUACCAACCCAAAGGAGGAGGAGAUAUUAUCGUCAACUCAAGAAAAGGUCUCGCUAUCCAGCAGCAGUGUAAAGAAGCAGAGGAGCCGGAGCAUCUUCAGCUCGCUCUUCUGCUGCUUCAGGAGCUACGAUGCGGAACCGCCGGCCACCAACAACAACACCAGCGCCCUGCCUCCCCCUGUGGAGGAGAACGGAGCUCCGCCCAAGUGUGACCAGGUUGAGGUCAUCUCUAUCCCUAGUCCCCCAGCGAAAUACCUCCUCCCUGAGGUUAACAUAAACGAUUACGACAAGAAGUGUGUCGUCAUCGACCUGGACGAGACUCUGGUGCACAGCUCGUUUAAGCCCAUCAGCAAUGCUGAUUUCAUCGUUCCGGUGGAGAUUGAUGGCACGGUUCACCAGGUGUAUGUGUUGAAGCGGCCUCACGUAGAUGAGUUCCUGCAGAAGAUGGGAGAGCUGUUUGAGUGUGUGCUCUUCACAGCCAGUCUAGCCAAGUACGCAGACCCCGUAGCAGACCUACUGGACCAGUGGGGUGUGUUCACAGCACGGCUUUUCCGGGAGUCCUGUGUCUUCCACCGGGGCAACUACGUCAAAGACCUCAGCCGCCUGGGCAGGGAGCUCGGAAACGUCAUCAUUGUGGACAACUCGCCGGCAUCUUACAUUUUCCACCCCGAAAAUGCGGUGCCGGUGCAGUCGUGGUUUGACGACAUGUCGGACACAGAGCUGCUGGACCUGCUGCCUUUCUUUGAGGGACUCAGUAAGGAGGAGGACGUGUACGGAGUGCUGGAGAACUGGAGGGGCAGGUAGCCGCUGUGCCGCAAUGGGCCCCUUCCCAACUGAGGCCGCCGUACAGACCCACCAUGGCCCGGGCCAGAGGGCCACCUGCUGAACAGCACCGCAACCACCGCCUGCCGUCUGGUGUGUGUGUGUGUUUGUCUGUGUGCGUGUGCGUAUGUGUGUGUGUGUGUGUGUGUGAUUGUGCGGCCCCCAAUCUCUCUCACAGGUGGACACGGUCACUGGGGCCCCUCAUGGCAGUGCUAUAUCUGCAGUAACAUCUUUCUGCAGCUCUUGUUUUGAAAACUGGGCAACACACACAUUGACACAACCGACUUGGGUUUUUUUAUAUGAUAAAAACAAGAGAUGAGAUUUUCUUAUUUUCUCAAGUGCUUAUUAAUAACCAAAAAUCAACAAAGAAACACACACAAAAAAAUACAACAACCCAAUUCUUCUCUGGGAAAAGAGGAAGUCCUAAGUCUGACCUGGUCCUUGUAUUGUUGCUAUGCAGUCUCCAGUGGUUUUCAAAGGACUGUGGGGCAUAAUUUCUUUUCUUAUCAAAAGCAAGUGCCUUUUUUGAAUGUUAUUUUUACAGUAGUAAAAAAAAAAGACAUUUUUGUACAUGCCAUAUUUGCAGAGAACUCUAAUCUUUUAAAGGAAAUGAUAUGCUUUAAAAUGGACAUGGGUCAGGAUAUUUGUAUUCGCAAAACACUGUUCUUAAAGUCCAAGAGUUUUAUGUGUAAAACCAUGGAAAGCAAGCUGUAUGUUCACCAUCGUAUCCUAGGAUUCUCUUUCGUUUGCUCUAGCUUGUGCCAUUUAUAUAGAGGUGAUUUUACUGUUGAUUACAUGUAGGAUUUUGUCUGUUUUUACUAGUCCUUAAACAAGUGCGAGGAAUUCAUUUGCAUUUGUGACGUUUUACGUGUUUUUACUGUGGCUGUUGUUGAAGACAUCUUUUAAAAAGGGAAAACAGCCAAUUUGAACUCGCGAGGCCGAAUGGGAGAUGCGUAGUGCCAAUGGCUGGUAAUCCAGUUGAUGCUUUUCUCAGGCAAACAUCUCCACAUCAACAAAGGCUGGAUUUUGGACUAUCUGUAGGUCAAUGGAAAGCUUCAGCUGGCGUUCAGAGGCCAACUUUCCGGGGAGCGCAAUAUCUAAACAGUUUCAUAAUUAAGAUCUCAUGUUAUAUAUUUUUGUAGAAUUGGAGCAUUUUUGGGGAUUUGAUUUUAAAGCCUUUGGGGAUAAAUGGAUUGAGCACCUACUUGCUUUUCUGAUUUACAGACACACCGUUUAAAGCACCAUUGUAGAGUUUCAACACUAAGAGGUGACUUCUCACAACUGCGUGCACAACUACCAAUGUGUCCCUUUCAUUUUUCAAAUCACCCUGCAUCAAACGUAUUUACUUUGGCUUGUCUAAAGCAACCUCUCUGAGCCUACAGUAUAUUGAGCCACUCUUAAUUUGAUUAGAUUUUGAUUUUCCCUGAUUUUUAAUCCCAACUGUGUGUCUGUCCCCAGCCUAGUGCUGCUAUUGUACAGUACCCUUCAAGCGCCUCUCUGGGCGAGAAGACAGUGUAGCGCUGGCCCCUCCUCUUGCGGUCCUGUUCCUCAGCACCAGUCCAGGCCACAGGGGCCCUCAAGCUCCAUGGCGGACAUUGAAGCCUGGGUCAGCCGGGGAGGACAUGCUAACCGGACUGCAGCCCAGGGUCUGGCUGAGUGCAGUCCAGCAUGGCGUGGUUUUUUUUUUUGUUUCCCCUGCAGCCCUACGUGGUCUGGCCUGAGUGCUGGGCAGGCCGUGCCCCACCACAGUGCCUGAGAGGAGCAGGGGGUUGUGUGCUGGCUCCGCUGGAAAUCACACGCAGCGAGUUCUCUCCGUCGCUCGCGCUCUCCAUCACUCUUUAUCUCCCUCCCUCGUUCUGACUUUUGUCACACCCUCUGGUUCUCUCUUGCUCUCGUUCUUGUUCUCGCGUCGUCUCCUGGGUUUUCCCCACAUUGCUGCUGGCUGUCUCACUUCACUGGACGUCUUGCUGUGUGUAGGUGUAUUUGUGUUUCAUUCGCUCUACCUCCUCCUCUUUUUUUUUUAUCUGUUCCGACAUGCGCGAGAGGAAAGAGUUUCCCACGGUUCUGCUAAAUUGAAAUGUUGCAUACCCAAUCCUUGCUUACCCAAUCCUUCCUGCUGCUGCUGUUGCCUCUGUCUCUCCUUCGGUCCAUCCUUCCUGUGGGCAGGAGCCUGUCGUAGAGCUGCUCUUGUCCUCACUGGUACCCAUGGGCAGCCAGUGGAGGCAGUAUGACUACGACCCGAGUCAGCCUGGCCUCUCUCAUUGUGGAUCUCUUCCACCGGAUUAUUGCAAGCACUUUGUUUAGUAUCUUUAGUUUCUUGUCACUUAUUUAUUUUUGUUUGUUUGGAAGUUCAGCUGUUCUUCUCAUGCAGCUUUUUCUCUCCACGCAGGGACUUUUAAGACACAGUAUUUAUUAACUGUUUCCUCAAAAUGGUGAUUUUUCUUUUUUUUUAAGCUUUGUUUAUGUACUUAAGGUGUUUUCACAUGCAUUCUGAGUGUUAACUUCAUGGCAUGUGUCUGUGGAGCCGAGUCAGAGUCAACAGAGCGAACUUGGAAAUGCUGUUUGUGACUUUGGGGGGGAGGGGGAGGGGAGUUUCUGUGCUGUGUUUGCAGUAUGUUUUUAUGGUGAAAUGAUUCAUGGUUUAUGGCAAAGAUUUCUUCCAAACUAUGACAUGUUAUAUUAAAGCACCUUUUUAUGACAAA